UUAAAAUAGUGAAAUUAUUAUUUUAUGCAAAUAAAAUCUUUUAGCUGAAUCAAUAAAACCCUAUGGCUUCAUUGUUAUCAGUUCCUCAUUCUACAUCAAGAAAAUUAUCACACGACAUUUGAGCUUGUUUAUGUGUUACAGCGAUAGAAAUUGAAACCAACCACAGUUUGUUCCGUUCAAAAAAUGUUCCGAACUCCGCAAAAAAAAAAAUUAAUUGCCUGCAUUAAAAACAAAAGAGCUCAUAAGACGGGCGAAUGCAAAUGAAAUACGUGUACACGGACAGAGAAUAUUUAAAUGUUUUAUUUUUGUUUCCUAUUCAACUUUGAGCCGUAUAUUCAUUAUUUCACUGAGUUUUGCAGCAACAGGCCACUGGGACGGCUUAUGACCUUGGCAGAAGCAUAAAUGGCUUUCAGUGACAAAAGAACGCGGAGAAGGCUUCGAGGCAUGGACUUGUUAAAACUUGCCUUGGUUGUAAUCACUUUUUCGGGUGUUUAUUUAUUUAUGAUGGUACAUGACAUAGAAAAUCCUCACAUUAAGGCUGAUAUGUCCUUACCAAGAAACUUUGAAGCUGAAUUGCAGUGGAACGACUCGUACUUUGAAGGAAUGGGCAAAACACAAGAAACUUCCGAUCAUUUGGAAAACGACGAUACGUUCCAAGAUCUGUUCAAUUUUGAUUCAGAUUAUGCAGAGGAAAUUAAACCUACAUCUAAACCCACAUUCCAGCUUAAAUCCAACUUUAGAAAACGACGUAGUGUAUCUAAGUCUGUGGGCGGCGGUUCCAAGACGAAGAUUCAGUUACACGGACGAGGAAAUUCAGAUUCUCGAAACGUAUCUGUGUUUCAGCUUGAUUCCCAACGACAAUCGUUGCCGAUUGACUCACAACGUUCCUCCUCCAAUCUUCGGAAAUCAUCGGAUUCUGAACGACAGCCCGACACGAUGAAAUCUAUCAACGAUCACCCGCCGACAAGUUUGCGGAAGGAAUUAGAACGUCCUAAACAACACUCACCAAAUCUUCAGAUGGAACCGGAAGAGACAGAACAACAGUCAGAAACAAUAAACUUGUCCAAUGAUGAAACCACUAAGUUGGAACCAUUACACUUUUCACAAGAUGAAGAAACACCUAAGAAGGGACAAAUUCAAGAACCAUAUUUACCGGAAUCUCAGACUAACUUUCACCAACAAAAGAUAGAGAAAAUCCCUUCCUUGAGUCAGACAAAGAACUCCCCGACUGAUAGGGAUUUAACUAUUCAUGAAAUCGAUCUUGAUGAAUCGCAAGAAAACUCUAACUAUCGCUCUCUUGCGGAGAAUCAGAGUUUAGACUUUAAGGAUAAGUCAGGUCGAAAGACUAAAUACGAUGGUAACUCUAAAGGAUCUAUGUCAGAACUGGAACCGCUAAGUAUUCAUGAUCAAAAUAACAUCACAUUGAAUGAGUCUCAGCAAGCAAGACCCAACCACGAACAGGACUCGAGCAAAGUGGCUUUGAAUCAACAAAGUAAAAUUACCCAUAAUAAACAGCAUUCCGAUCCACUUCCGAAGACAUCUUCGGAGAAAUCAAGAUCCGACUCCGAACAGGACUCAAGCAAAGUGGCUUCAAAUCACCAAGGUAAAACGACUCCACAAAUUACCGAUAAUGAGCAGGACUUCGAUCCACGCCCGAAGACAUCUUCGGAAAAACGAAAAAGUCUUCUUAUCUUUGGCGACGAUCGUUCCGGGACGACAUUUAUAACUAAAAUGUUUGCAGCAGAUCCGCAAAUGUUCACAGUGUAUGAACCAUUGUGGGUUACAAAGAAAUGGUUCUCCCAGCUUCAAACAAGAGAUCUUAAGAAAACUCAAUCUACAAGAGACGUAGUGAAUGCCUUGCUAUCUUGUCAAUUCACCCGUUCAAUGGCAGGGAAAAAAUUUCUUGCUUCCACUGCAAGCUCUUGGGUUGGUAACGGGGUCUUCGAGAAAAACGUGUUUAGAACAUACCCCUUCGCAAAAAAAACAACAUCAGGACGAGCCACUUGGCCUAAUCUUUACCAGAAUCCAAAAUUCGCAGAAGAGGUUUGUCUUAACAAAUUUAACCACAGUGUUGUCAAGGUGGGACAGGUUCGAGUUCCUCUCGAAAGCAUCUCAGUUUUUAUCCCGAAUGUGUUUGUUGCGAAUCCAGACACGGACAUCCGAAUUAUUCAAAUCGUGCGCGAUCCUAGAGGAAGCAUAAACUCGCGAAUAAAAGCUGGUUGGAUUUCUGAUUUCACCUACACGGGAUUUCCUGCACUAGUGGGUAGGAUGUGCGCGAAAAUUGAAGCGAACAUAAGGUUUGGUAGACGGUUAGAGAAUGCGGCGAUGAAAGAACGGUAUAUGGAGAUCAACUACGAGGAAAUUACUAGUAUGCCUAUAACAACAGCUAAGAAAAUAUACAAAUUUGCUGGCUUCGAAAUGCCUGAUAGUUUAAUUGACUGGAUUGUGCAAAGCACGAAUCCAGAUGAAAGGCAAUUGCAACAAGCUUUGAAUAACCCAUUUUCUCACGUGAGAGAUGCUAGAAAGAAUUACCUCAAGUGGCGCAGUGAAUCUCCGAUAAAGCGUGUUCGAGUCAUAGAACAGCGAUGUAAGGCUCUGUUAGACUUACUUGGACUUGAUGCAGUUGCCGAUGAAAUGGAAACGUUAUGUUCAUAGCUGUAGGCACUGGGGCGAAGAAAAUUAAACCAAUCACCAUCCCAGGCCCUCUCCUUCACUCUCUCUUCCUUGCGUCUCAGGGGCGCGGGCGGAAACUGAUUGCUGGAAACCAGUCUUCGAAUUUCCAUCAAGGUCGGAAGGCAUAUCGGGAUUGAAUGUAAAAGCAGUUAUCGCCCGGUGGUCAAAUGGUUAGUGCCCUUAACUCCGGAUCGAGUAGUUUGGGUUAGAGCUGCGGACGGGAUCACUGUGUUGUGUCCUUGCACAAAACGCUUUACUCUCACAGUGUCUUUAAGGGUAAAGAAAAGUCUGUAUACAAGCCAAGUGGCGCCCAUCAGGCCGGCGCUUAUCCAUGAUUUCUGUAGCAUGAAGCGACUAAAAGGAGUAUUCGACCCUACCCCCCCCCCCCCGAAUGGGAUGCUAGUCCAUUGCGGGGUUGCCCCGAACAUUAAAUUCGCCUGUGCUCGCAGUGGCGAGAGGCAUUGUGAGAGUAAAGUGUCUCCUCGACAGAGCUAAAGUGGGAGACAACCUGAGCAGAAGCAGGAACCAAUCUUCACAUUCAAGCGAAGCCUCAGUGCCAUAAACAUUUAGUUCUCAGUGAUCAGUUUUGUUGUGAUUCAAAUGAACUUGCAUAUAUAUAACCCGGUGAAACACACAAGCAGAAAAGGGCGUUAGAUAUACACAGGAGUGGUUCCUGUACAUCUCUUCAUGCAGUUUCGGAGAGGAUGCAAAACUAUUAUAGUAAUUUAUUAAGUCAUCCUCUAUAAUUAACUGAAAUAUGAAAUAGUGUAAGUGAAACUCUAUUAAACAGAAAACGAGAACAAUUUAAAAUCAGAUUGUAAAAAUGGUAUUUACGCAAAACGAAUAAAGGUAUUCAUAUAUUUGUUUAUAAACAGAUAUGAAUUCAAACUUAA